AUGACGGACGAAGGCGGCGUUCCUCCGUCGUCGGGCGUCGCGCGCGCGCGCGAACGCGCGUCGGGCGUCGCGCGAGAGGAGAAUAUCGACGGGCGAACUCGCGCUCGAACGCGUGGGAAGAUUCGUACGCGCGACGACGACGAAGAAGACGACGACGACGACGACGGCGACGACGGGCGACGACGACAACGACGAGCGCGCGCGCAGACGUCGAGCGCGUUCGGGAUGUUCGCGCGGUUACCGACGGAGUUGACGUUGAGAGUCUUAUCGCUCCUGGACGGGUGCGCGUUGGCGGCGUGCGCGUGCGCGUGCAAAGAUUUCGACGUCGUGAUCAAGGCGAACGAGGAGAGGUUGUGGAAGAACGCCUUGAUCGAUCUGGAGGGUGCGUCGAGGGUGAGAGAGGAUUUAGUGCUUGAACGAGGGAAGUUUGCGUCGUUCACGUGGAGGGAGCUAUACGGCUGGCGCGUGCACACGCUGCGGACGAGCGCGAGGAUGAGCGCGAGAGAGCUGACGGCGAAGAUGUCCAAGAUGUCCGAGGGCAACACGGACGAUGCGCCGCCAUCAAAGGUGCCGAACUGGUCGAAAUACGACGACAGGAUUGGUGGAAACGCUAUGAUAGCUUCACGGUUCUCUCGGCAGGGACGACUGGCGGUGAUUGAUCAAAACCGCCUGUUCACAUGCGAUCCCAUAUCCAGGGGAGGGAUCAUCAGUCAGAUUCAUGAGAUUACGACCAAUGCGCUCAUCGCGCGAACGUUGGUAUGGGCGCCGCGUUCGGAGCUCCUGGCAUGCGCUUUCAAGGUGGACGCAACGGACGUGAGUUUGUGUUACAGCAAGAUUGUGUUAGUGGCGCCAAAAAUCGCUGGGAUCCGUCGAGGAAUACACCGAACGUACACGAACAACGCUGAAUUGAGCACGCACAAGAAGAUGCGGGUGUCUGCGUCGUAUGAGGGUCCGCCGAUUAAAAAUAUUCUUGCGCUCCCGCGCGGCGUGCGCUGCCGUUUCAUGAAUUUCACACCGUGCGGGACAUUCAUCAACUUUGUUCACGAGGACCGCAUGGAGUCUGCUAUGUACGCCUUAGAUUGCGCAACUACGAUUACGUCACUUUACGGCCCGAGCAACGGCAUCGAUGGCCAGUCGCCCGUUCCACCGCCCUCGGAAAAAGUCGUCAAAAUUGUCACUGGCUCUAGCGAUGUGAAAUUUUCCUUCUCGCCGAACGACAGGAACGUCGCUUUGAUGUUGAGCGCGGGGGAAUCGCGACUCAUCAGUUCAAACAGCACAGUUCCAGCGGUUUCACUUCCGAAGGCGUUCGACUGGCCUAAAAUUGACGAGUCAGACAACGACGACGCGAGUGACAACGAUCUUGAGUUUGAGGAUGAUGACGUCGAUGACGAUUUCGAGUCUGAACAGAUCGAACCAGAUGCGGGAGGUCUCGCCAACGACACGCGAGGUGUGGACGGCGACACCGAACCUGGUGGGAUCCCUAUUGAAAACGCUUUCGAGGAGGAUAAGACCGAGAGUUUCGGGAAGGAAUUGGGUGAAGUGGUUUCUUCGGAGCGGCUUACUGGUUUUCAGCAGUGGCGACGCAACUUUAUCGCCGGAGCUAAAACAGGCGCAAUAUACUUCGCAUCAUUAUUCACACCGGAGACUGUGGGUAUGUCUCACGAAGACACGGCAAAUCUGCAGUCGAGCAGCCAAAACACGGUGACAACUGCGAUAACAAGCUCAAACAGUGGCGCGUCGUGCAGAAGAGCGAGCUCUUGGUGGACAAAUAUCCCACACUUUCGAAGAUUAACGGAUACAGUCGUAGAAUCGUGUUCUGUUCAGCCGCUCGCGAGAUCAUUCUGUGACGCGGAGAUGGGGCGGUUGCAGUGGGUACCACCAAAGAGUGGGGAUCGAGACGGCAGGGGAUUCUGGAUCGUGCCGACGUCUAUCAACAAUGAUGAUAUCGAGGCCACGGAUGAAACUCAUCUAGUCAUCGCACCAGCUCCGUCUCAGAAAGCGAUCGAGAGGAAUCGAAUCAUGCCGUUCAUCGGUUCUGACGAGGACGAUGUUGUCGCGAACAUUGAACAGUGCAUUCUCACGCAAGUACCGAGAGUUCCUGGGCGCCAAGAGGCAACUGUUGUCGCACCGUUUUGUGUCGACGGUCAGCCUGGUGGUCGACACAUCGUAUGGUCAAACACCGAUGGCGUCUUCGUUCGAAGUGUACGUUUCGAUUUGGACUCGAACGGCGACUGGACAGGUCCGCCGGUGCUCGGGCCCACGAUGACGGUUCUUGAUACCGCAUCUAUUCCAACUGGAUCAAAUAAGUGGAACAAGGCUUAUGACGAGGUGAGCGUGCGCAAUUACGCUUCCUGGAACGGCGGCGCGAGUGGUAUUCCUGCGCUUUCUGUGAUGAAUCAAGUUGUCAAACAUACGGUCGAACUACUUCAAUGGAGUCCGAGUGGAGAGCGCCUGUUGAUCCUUGUCGCGGUGCAUCUUGCGUACAACGGUCCAUGGACCCAUAGCGCACCGAACCGCAGAUUCUACACUGUACAUCAGUGGGUGUGCUGGGAUCCACCGAGAGACGUACGAGGUAGUGACCAUCCUUCGGUCGGUACAUACGGCACUCUUUCGUUUGGCUCUCGUUUCGUUGCCGCUCAGUCAUUUGAGAAAGUGUGCCGAGAGAAAGCGGAGAAUACGUUCUGUGAGCGGCUCCAGCUCUGGGGCGUCGACGAGAGAGCGGUGGCCUUCUCGGUCCAGAUGCCCAGAGCUGUGACCUCGGGAGAAUCCUGCAGCUACAUCGUCAUCCAGCAAUUCGAUCCCGUCAACUACGAGGAGACGAGGCUCAAGAGUGAGACGGGCGAACUCCCACCGCUCCAACAGACGGGCGCGUCAACGCAUCAACUUCCGUAUUACCUCAGGUACAUUGAGGAUCCCCUCGAGUACGUGUGUGAAGGAACGCACUGCUCGUGGAGUCCGACUUAA